AUGGACUACUUGUUCAAGGUGAAGGGGCUUGACGAGCUUUUCGGGGCGUUUGCCUUCGGAGAUGAGCGCAAGGUGAGAGUCUAUAGGCUCUUGGAGGAGUCGAUGUGGUGGGAUUUAGUGAAGGAUUUCGGGGACAAAGUGUUGUACCUUAGCGCAUUUUCAUCAUUUGGUGCCAUGGCUCAUACGGAAGCCACGGCUAACACGAUCCGGUUGCCCAAAUUUUACGGCGGCAGUGCCGUUUUCUACUCUUUGAGGGACGGGAAGUUUCAGUCGGAUGAUGGAAGAUACUCGUGCGAAGAUGCGCUUUGCCUUACGAGAUUUGCCACGUGGGUGAUGCCUGCACCAAUCAUCCCGAUGAAUAACCUUAUUACUACAACGACGUGGAUUUGA